AUGACGCAAGUUCAGGAGCGAUGGCGAGAAACUGAACAUCCUAAGGGACAGAAGCCUUCUGCUGGCGCCGUGGCAAGGGGAGAGAGUGAACAGGGGUCUGGGGAAACAAGAAAGCAGGAAGUCAACUCCUACGAGCCGAGCGGGCAGGUCGAAGACAAGUUGGACCAGCUCAUAAGUCGUGCUCAGAAGACUGGGAUCAUGAACUUUGUUUCUCCACCCAACAGUGAGCUGUUCUACUCCGUCUGCCCGAAGCUCAGAACCAUGUCGUUACACGACAAAUGCCUAGUGAAUCUCCAUUUCUUGACAGGGAACUUGAAGUUCAGCUCUAUGACGAUUCUCGAUUUGAGUCAGAACGUGAUUGGGGAUGUAGAUGUCUUGUUCUUGAGCUCAUUCCCCGUCCUCAAAAAGAUCAACAUGAGCAAGAACAAGAUACAUCACCUCCCAGACUUGGGAUGGGAGAACUUUGCAAACGUGCAAGAGAUAGACGUGUCUGACAACAUCCUAGAGGAGCUUCCAGAGGGCAUGCGAGAGCUGUCUCGGCUCAGGGUGUUGAUAGCAAGCAACAAUCGGAUCCGACGUAUCCCAGAUCCCGUCGCUCGACUUGCAUCCAUCACCGACAUGGACUUCGAGGCGAACAGCCUGGAGGAGAUUCCGCUAGCGUUUGCUGCAAAUCAGACGCUGAAGAGGUUGAACGUGCAGUCAAACAGGAUCACAACGAUCGCGAAAGAGAUAUUGGAGGCAACAAACAUCGAGCGUCUGAGCACGAGGGGAAAUCCGAUGGAGAUGAGGCUGCAGGACGGGGUUGAGUCAUACUUGCAGCGAAAGAACUUGAAAAUCAUUGAGAACGGCGAAAUCAUCUCCUUCAAUGCGCUGGAGAUUGCGAAGGAGAGGGAGACUGGCAGGGCUCUGCUCAAGCAGAAGCAGACUUGA